CCAUCGUAACUUUCGUUGAUCAAUUAUAAUUUCUACUGGACUUGAAGAGUUUGUAUAUAAUCUUGUUAAUUUAUAAUAAUGAUUACUAAAUGGUCUGACUUACAUAUUGAAAAUUGUAAUAGAGGUGAAUUAGAAAAUGUUUGCUUUCCAGACCGGAACAGGUUAUAGAUUUAAAGUGUAGCAAACAUAAGUUAUGCGCAAGUCCGUUGUUUAUAUGCCAGUAAACGAUGAUAUGGUGGAAAUUUGAAGGGUAUCUAUAAAUUCUUCGUUGCAAUAUAACGCGUGUAAAACAUUGCAAUGAAAAAUUCGUGUGGAGGACAUAAUUGACCUUUCUUUGGAUAAUAAGAAUUCAUUGUUAUGAGACGUCUUGAUCGUCGCCACAAGAUCUGCCUCUAUACGUCAUGUCCGUUUUAUUAUUCUGUUUCUUUGAUAUAUCUGAGAGCAAUAAUUUCUUUGUUGCCCAGUGUUGCUCCGUUUAAACAACAUAGCUGUGUUAUGUCUAAAGAACAUAUUACGAAAAAUAUUCACUUGACGAUUAACAGAUAUUACAGAGGCGUCCAAUAUUCUUAUUAGGAAUAACUCAAUAAAUAUAACCAAUAUUCUCAUUGUCAGUUAGUAUAUUAUAAAAAAAGAAGACAUUCUUUUGUCUAUUAUCACAGGACAGGAUGAAGUAACUGUAAAGAGGAAAAGGGAUUAUUAAUAUUAAAUUAAAAUGGAGGAGAAUAUUUCAAAGUUAGUGCAGCAGCACUUGAAGCUAUUGCAGCUUGAGCAAGAAGAAAAUCUGCAGCAUUUUUUGAAAGAUGUUUCACCCAAUGUGCUUCGUAACUUAGAAGCGCAAGGUCAAGCUUUAACAAAAUUGGUGAUGAGUAAUACUGCUGCUAAGGGUCUGGAGGGUCGGCAUAUAGAAUUCAUGCAUGCCGAUGAGAUACCAUUAAAACCUGGUUUAGCUGUGGGAGAUACAGUUAUCCUUAUAUGCUCCAAUCGGAAGGAAGAAUCAGUAAGAGGUCUUGUUGAAGCUGUGUCUGAAAUGACAAUUUCAAUAAUGAUUGACAACUAUCGGUUAGAACCUCCUGUUGAAGAUGAAAAGUAUUGUCUUGUUCAGGUGAAUUCUGACUUCACUUACAAGUGUCAGACAAGAGCUUUAAAUAAUUUAAGAUCUAAGAACAUAUGUUCCUGGCAUUGUGCUGAUGUUAUUAGAAUCUUAUUUGACAACACCGAGAUUAGUUUACCACUACUUACUACGGAAGUGUCAUUACCAAGAGAAAUUCUAGAUGAGAAUGAAAAACUGAUACUUGCAAAUCCUAAUUUGGUUGAAGACCAGCAUGCUGCUGUCAUGUUUGCAUUACGUCGAAAGCAUUUUGCUAUUAUACAAGGUCCUCCAGGUACUGGUAAAACAACAACUAUAGUGGAAUUGAUAAUUCAAUUGAAACGAAUUGGUAAAAAGGUUUUGGUCUGUGCACCAACAAAUGUUGCAGUGGACAAUGUAGCUAUAAAACUCGGUCCAACGGAGGCGAAACCCUUACGGCUUGGUCAUCCAGCCCGUAUGAUGGAAGCAGCACGAAAUUAUUCCAUGGAUGCUAUGAUACAGCAAGAUGAUAAUUACACCAUUUUGAAUGAUAUCAAACGGUCAAUUAAAGACAUAAAGCAGACAGAACAAGAAAAUGGUGCGGUCUCUCGUCGACUGAGAGAGUUGGAUAAGGAAUACUGGAAUAGAUCAAACAGAUUAAUGUCAGACAUUUUAAGAAGACAUUCAGUUGUCUUAUGUACCUUAAAUUCAGCUACACCAGGUGAAAAUGUUCUACGGCAUGUACCAAAGGAUUACUUUAAUGUCAUUAUUGUUGAUGAAGCAUCUCAAGCACUGGAAGCAUCAACAUGGAUAGCGUUGCCAAAUGCAGAGAAAGCUAUUCUCGUAGGAGACUUUAAUCAACUACCACCAGUCGUCAUGUGCAAAACAGCAGCUGAUCGCGGUUUAAAUGUUAGUCUGAUGGAAAGGGCUGUUAAAAAAUUAAGCAACGAAGCAUUUCGAAGUCUUUGCCUUCAGUUCAGGAUGAACAAAGAGAUCAUGUCAUGGUCGAAUGAGCAAUUUUAUAAGAAUAAUUUAGAAGCAAGCAGUACAGUGGCAGGUCACCUGCUCAAAGAUUUACCUGCUGUCCAGGAUACUGCCAUAACAAGUAAUUCUCUCGUUUUCGUUGAUACGUGUGGCUGCGACUGCGAGGAAUAUGGUAUUGGCUUUGAUACAAUAUCAAAGGGAAAUAUGGGUGAAGCUAUCGUGGUCGAUGCAGUCGUUGCCGCCUUAGUUUGCGCUGGUGUUUCACAGAAUGAUAUUGGCGUGAUUACGCCCUAUGCAUUACAAGUGGAUUUUAUAAGACGCUUAUUAGCCACACGAUCAAUAACCGUUGAAGUGAGUACCGUGGAUAGUUUUCAAGGAAGGGAAAAGGAGGCUAUUGUUUUAUCCUUAGUGCGAAGUAACGAGCAGAAAGAUUUGGGAUUUGUCACCGAUUUCAGAAGACUUAAUGUUGCUGUAACCAGGGCAAGACGAUUGCUUACUGUUAUUGCAGAUAGUGAAACUGUGGAGGAUAAUAAAUUAAUAGCUAGUUUAUUAAAGCAUAUCGAGAACCAUGGCCUACUUCAAACAGCACAAGAAUAUUUGACGGAUGCAAGCAAUGAGAUUAAAGACCGACUGGCAAAAGGUACCAAAAUUAAACAGAAAAAUGUGUCUGUACCCGAAAAAUCAGGAAAAAAGGAUAAAUCUGCGGAUAAAGCAUCCAAAAAGAGUAAUAAAAAAGGAGAUGUACCUAAGAUCCCAAAAGUCGAAGGCGUCGGUCUGAAUGAGACGCUGAAUAGAAAAAAUUAUAAUCCAUUUGAAACUAUAGCCGCUAGUAAAAUUGAAGAUGAAUUGAAAGACCUGAAGACGACUGAAGAGAUGAUGGACUUUGAAGCACAGGUUGAUAAUGAUGUAAAAAAGGUUGAGGAACUCAAGGGGAUUGCAGAAUUGUCUAUAUUAAUUACAAAAUUAAACGCUACGCGCAAGGAUCAGCAACAAGAAGAUGGCAGUAGCACGCAGACAACGUCAAAGCCAUCGACCAAUAGAAAACGGAACAAGAACAAGAAUAAAGCGAUUGAACCAUCUAGUGAUAAAGAUGACGAUAUUGAUAAAAUCAUCGCUACUGUCACUGCUAAUGAUUACGUCUGCGGUAUGAAUGGCUGUAAGAAAUCCACACAACUUAUUCAUCAAACGUGUGAAUUUUGCAAAACACGUUUUUGCCUACAACAUGGUAUGCAAGAAAUACAUGGAUGUGGAGAUGCAAUUCGACAAAAGGAGCGGAAUGAAUUCAGACAUAAAAAGCCAGAACCGGCGACUCAAAGAAGUAAACAGAAGUUUGCUCAAAAGUUGAAGCAAUUGGAGCAAGCACGGAUGCCAAAAAAAAAGUCAACUAAGUAGAAUACAUAUGUAAUAUUUAUUAUAUAUUUACACUUGAUUAAUAGAUAUUUUACAUUUGAAGAUGAAAAGACGAGAUCAUGGAUCUCAUUGUUAUACUUCAUUGUAUUUGUAAACUGCCACGCGACUUCGUGGCGUUUAUUGCGAAAAUUAAAUAAUUGGUGAUAAGAAAGUA